AUGAUCGGCCAGCGCAUUUUCGUCGGCUGGCCGUUCCUGCAGGAAGGCAUGGUCUCCGCCGUUUCUGACUCGCUGUUCAAGUAUGAGAAGAUCGUGGUCGUCCCGGGCAAUCCACCGAAGGUCGUGUCAAACCCGCACGCGCAGCAGGGCCUUAGUCUCUGGAAGUCGAAGGCGGAGAAGAUCGAAUACUUUUACUCAAAGCGCUGUGGUGUCAUCACUGGUGACAUUGAUGUCCUUGUCCACGUCCGGCCGCUCAAAGGUCUGAAGCGCUUGGAAUCCGGAGCGUUUGUCAAGGACUACGAGGGUCCUGACAAGGAGACCGAGCAGGCAGCACAGAUGGCCGUAUCUGAAGUUGCCAGUGAGGACGCUCGUUUCAUGGAGAAAGAGGCUCCUCCGCUGUCAGAGGAGUUCCCGAACGGCAGCAAGGUCUUCUUCCUCGGCGAACACGCUUACGGCGUCGCCGCGCAAGUCUUCGAAACGACGAAGGACACGCUGUCUAUUGUUCUUGCCUUCUUCCCGUCGGAGAAGGCGGACAACGACAGGUUCAAGGAUAUCGUUAAUAAGCGCACGUCGCAGCAGUACUUCCCGUCCUUCAAAGUAGCCAACAUGGUUGGCCUCUCUGGCCUUUCUGUGGCCAGAAUCACUUCGAACUUCAUGGUCAUCAUGACCGACGGGCAGAAGCACAACCUCGGUCUCGGUCUUAAGUUCGAAGCCAAGGGUUUGAAGGUCAUUGACUAUUCUCGUAAAGAUGGCCGCCAUUGGGAGUUCAGUGAGAAAGCGGUCGACCUCCUUCAUGAGUACAAGGGACGGUGGCCGGAAGUGAUGGCUGUGUUGAGGAGGCCGGGAGAUGCAAUGGUGACAUCCGCUGAUGUGUUCCCCAACGCGGAUAACCCCGACGCUAACGUCAGGGAAGUCCAAGCGUGGCUCAAGUCGAAGAGCGUCCGGAACUUUGAGCCUGUCUCGUUGUUCUGCGACCAGCUGAAGAAGGAAACUGUGAAGGAGAUCGAGGCCUUCGCCGAUAGCUGUACUACCAAGCAAUCCAGAGAUGCGAUCAAAAAGGCUAUCGUUAAGGGUAUCCCUCGCCAAGCUGUUCUCAAGCCCGCGCAUGCAGUCUACCGCUUGCAGAACCAGCAUUUCGCUCUUGGCGACCGUGUCACUAUGGUGCAGGAUUCUGGAGGCGUUCCGCUUUCAGUCAAGGGUGUUAUCAUCGGUAUGAAUGCAAAGUCUAUGGACGUCGUUUGGGACGUUCCAUUCAUGUCAGGCACCACCUUGGGCGACAGGUGCUCACAAUACCGUGGAUCAACCGUGGAGUUCACUUCGUGCCUCAACCUGACAAACUCGCAAUUCAUUGCAUCAACAAACCCGAAGGCACCAGCUCAACAAAAGCCGACCUCGCCCUUCAACCCAAGGUUCGGGCCGCACCCAGUGGUUCAGCCCGCCCCAGGACAACAAGCCGCUUCUGGAUACCGACCGGGUCCCCAGGUAUCGAUAAUGGCCAAUCCCAACAGAGGUCGUGCCGCGCAUACCAACGGCCGCGGUAACCACUGGAACGGUCGUGCAAAUGGUGAUCAUCAACAAGUGGCGCCACUAGCAGCAAACGACUCUGCAUCUCGUAACGGCCAUGCUCCAACCAGCCCACGCGCCGCGAAGCAUCAUGAUACUCACCGAGGCCGAGGUGGCGCUGUGCCACACAUCAUGACGAGGGACGGCGCGCCGGCCGCACAGCGCAACGGCGCUCCGGCGCCACCACGCGGAGGGUUCAUGGGCCGCCGUGGCCGCGGCAGUUUCCACGCAGACGACGUCGACAGAGACAGGGGACGCGGCGGUAGGGGAUUCAGAGGUCGAGGAAGAGGCCACCACGCCUCACCGGUAGACGCAUAACUACAUGUAUACUACGGCACAUCAUAUUCUGGGCUCCCACAGGAUACCCGCUCAUGUUGUAGUCUAUCCAUCUCAUGUCUGUAACUUAGUCAUGUCUGUGAUGCUCUCGCAUUUGCUUUGGUCCAGGUUGCAUUCUGCAGCUUUGUAUAAUGUACACAUAUUCUGGGCAUAUCUUCACCACCACACGUUGCCACUCAUCAGUCUGCGUCCCGUUCGGACGACCCUCGCACUCGUCACGCCGCCGUCCUUGUCGAACGACGCUCCGACCUCGACCGUGCCGCCCGGGUGUCUGAUGGUGACCAGCCCACUGCCAGCAGCCGUGCCCCUCCGCCUCUGGCGGGUCGCCCGGACGAUGUCCGACGCGAGCGUCCCCUCGACCCCGCUCGCGGCGCCUAGGCACAGGCCGACUGUCAUCGGCACCGCCUUGUGCACGACCCCCAUCGAGAACGCGUGCACGACGACGUCGGCGUCUUCGCCUCCGGUGGCGGGCGCGCUCAGGGCCGCGACCUUGGGCUGGGCUUGCGCGGUCGGGUCCAAGCCCAUGAGGAUCGCGCCUUGCCGCCGUAUGUGCUCCAUGACGACGCGGACGUCGUCUGCGCCGUAGUCGAUGGCCUGUUCGGUGGGUAGACGGAGGGCGCGGCGCAGGUCAUCCUGCGACACGAAGACUGUCGGGUUCGUCGCGUCGACGAGGGACACCUGCACAGGCGCUGCGACGCCGUCGGGAAUGGACACGUCGAUGCGAUUGGUGGGUGAGCCGGAGGGGAGGAGCUUCCCCGUGCGAGCUCCGGCCGGAUCGACGAAGUCGAGGAUGAUCUGAGAUGCCUUGCCCGGCACACCAGCCACUGUUGCUUGCUGGAUGUCGAGCACGGGAGUGACAGCCCCAUCGGAGUCAGCGACCGCCCGGACGGGAAACGUCGUAUCGAUGAUCUUGUUCGUGUUCACAUUCAGCGACCGCACAGUGGCGAGUCCACUGCUCAUGUCGAGGUUCAGGAUCCCCGUAGCAGGCCCCUCGGACGUGUUGCCUGUGCUGCAGAUCUGCGCGUCGAGGGCGAACACGCCGAUCAUGCUGGACAGGUUCCCGCAGUUCCCCGACAGGUCGAGGACAGCGUCGCGGAUGCCGACCUGCACGAACGUGUACACGCAGUCGAUCCGCUGCGCCCUCUGCUCCGCCGUCGGCGGCCCGACGACGCAGACCUUGGAGAGACUCGACACGCCGCCGCCCAUGCCGUUGAGCUGCCGGCCGUGCUCGGGGUCGGGCGAGCCCAUGAGCCCCAGAAGCACGGGCUCCCACUCUUUGGGGUCCGGAGGCAGGUGCUCCUGGGAGAUGAAGACGCCCUUGGACGUCCCGCCGCGCAGGUACGAUGCGGGCAGCGGAUUUGCGACCUGGUCCCGGUGCACAGCCGUCCGUAGCAUCCUGUGCCCCGCAAGAGGUCUGACAGAACUCGGGCCCGCUGCUGGCGUGCGGCGCAUCAAGAGGCUCAGCAUAACAGCGACCUAUCUCUGAUAGAGUCCAAUCCCGUGGAGCUACGUUGCCUCGUGUUACACACCAGUGGAUCGUGAGCGGAUGCGGGGGAUUUGCAAAGUCUCCGACUCCGCUCGGUCGGUGUCGUUGGCAACUGCCUGCGGAGAUUGACGCCUGCCAGCGAGGCCGGACUUGGGCAU